CGACAAGCCCUUGCUUCGCCUGCCGAAUAUAUGCAUAUUCACCCAGUGCCGUCCCCAAAUGCAGUCGGCAACGCCCAGCUCUACGUCGAGAUCGGAAGCCGCGAAACGCAGUUCGGCGGCAGCAAGGCGGCGGACGCAUCGGGGCUCGGCGGCGGUCUCAACAACAUGCUCAUGAACGUGGCGCAGCUUCUGCACGACUCGUGCGGCGGUGGACGGCACGGCAACACGACCCUCGUCCUGCCGCAGCUCACCUCUGGCUGGCGCUUCUUCAAGGCCUCGCAGCCGGGCUCCCGCAUCAAGGAGUCGGUGGAAUUUGGAGAUGUCUUCGACGCUGCCGCCUUCGCGCAGCGCGUGGCGCCGUGCCGCGUGGCGGAGGUGGCGCCCGUCGGCGUCGCCGUGCAGGAGGCCGCUGUCGUCGGGAUCAACCGGCAGUGGCCGUACGAGGCGUGGCUGCCUCUGGUUUACGGUGCCCUCGCACCGAGCCGCAAGCUGCAGCCGGCAGUGGCGCAGAUGGUUAGGCGGGCAGCGGCGGGCGGAGGGCCGCGGUGGGCGGCGGUGCACCUGCGGAUCGAGCGUGACUGGUGGGUCAUCAGCGGCUUUUGCACGGCGCGCCGCUUCCCGCACCGCCGCUGUUACCCUCCGUCCGAGGUCGCAUCGCUGACCGCCGCGAGCCGGCUGAGGAGGAACGUGAGCGGGGUGGUGCUCAUCUACGCGGCGGAUAACGUGGCGAGGAGCGGGCCCGAGGUACGGCCCGAGCAGUUCGGAGCGCGCGUCCUCUCCCUGCCGUCUGCGCCCGAGAGCACCGGGCACUAGAUGCGGAGCACGGAUGCGGAGUACGAAGACCCCUCGAGGCUCUAGCUGGCAGCGAGCUCGGCUGGAUCCCACUGCACUGCGCAGCCGCAUGCACUGCACUCGCGGCCGCUGCGCGCACGCUCUGCGCCGAAUGCGCUGCAGGAGGAGUCACACCCCGAGUUCUGCUCCAGGCAUGGCGUACACGCUGCGCACCGCCGCCGAGUUCUUCACCGCCGCCGCGGCGCCGGGGGGCUUCUACGGCACCGCUCCCCCCGCCCCGCCCCUCCUCCUUCUCUCGCGGGAUCGCCCGAGAUCAGCGGAGGCCAUCCGGCGACGAGCCCCCGCUGCAGGCAACUCCUUCUCGACAUUCUCCGCCGGGGUGGCGCUGCACCGCAAGUUCGCGCGUGGGAGU